GAGUGGCAUUUGUUUUAGAUUCUCAUUUUUCAGACGACCGUCAGAUAAAAAUUCUGUAAAUUUUUAUAAUUAAAUUAUUAUCGUUUCAGUUUUACGAUGCAGAUAUUCGUAAAAACCUUAACAGGGAAGACCAUCACCCUUGAGGUGGAGGCUUCCGACACCAUCGAGAAUGUGAAAGCCAAGAUCCAAGAUAAAGAGGGUAUCCCUCCUGACCAACAACGGUUGAUAUUCGCUGGCAAACAACUAGAAGAUGGCCGCACUCUCUCCGAUUAUAAUAUUCAGAAAGAAUCGACUCUUCACUUGGUGCUUAGGCUUAGAGGAGGUACCAUUGAACCAUCCCUGCGUAUUUUGGCUAUGAAGUACAACUGCGAAAAGAUGAUCUGUCGUAAGUGCUAUGCACGUCUUCAUCCUCGUGCUACCAAUUGCCGUAAGACCAAGUGUGGCCAUACUAACAACCUCCGCCCCAAGAAGAAGAUCAAGGAUUAAGUACUAACUCAUUACCACUUUAUCAUGCAAUUAUACAAAAUUGUAAACAAGCAACCAAAUUAAAUAAAGUAACAAACA